UCCAUAUUUUAAGACACUGUACUUAGUGAGCAAACAGAACGAUUGAUAUACCGUUUUUUUUUAUUACCCAAUUGGUUAAAUAUCCUUUAAGGAUUUUUAUAAGUUCUCGUUUCGAUCACUACUAACAGUUGUCUAUUUAACGUCAUAUAAAAACUUUACCUAAAUUCACGAAUGCACAAACCAAAAGUUACUACGUUUAACCUAAUGAAUAUUCCAUACGGCAGUAUGAUUUGAAAAUUAUUGCACAAUUUUUGAUAAUAUAAUUAUUCUGAUUCUUUCUUAUAAAAAUGCAGCCGAAAAUCCAGGUUUUAUCUAGCAUCGUAGAGAGAUUAAAAAAUUUAACUACCCAAGCUACUGGUCGGUUAUAUGGAAUAACACAUAAUGAUACAUUAACAAUUAUAACAUUUAGUAUUGAUAAUGAUAGUAAUGACGUUUUUAAUAUUCUAUCAUUUGAAAAUUUUUUACCUACUAAUGUUGAUCCUUGUGGAAUAUUGUAUAUUGGAGAAAUUGAACAAAACGUUCCUGACCCUGUAAAAAACAAGAUUAUUCUGAAAUAUUCACCUGAUAUUACGAAAACAGAAUGGUUUUUUUACAACAAUGAAGAAUUAGAUCAAUUAUUUAAUAUCGAGAUAAUUAAUGAAAAUCAAUUUGAAGAACAAUUCGCAUACAUCAGAAUACAAUUAGGUAUACCAUUAAUUGGUGAAAAUAAUCAAAUAUUAGAUACAUUGAAGAAGGUUAAUGAACAUAUUUCAUCUGGAAAAGUAGCAUUUUACUUUCCAUCCAAGAAAAUCUACCUUUUUAAUAAUAAUAAAGAUGAUGAUGUAGAAAAUGCGAAACUCAAAGAACUUCUUCAUUCGAAAACGAAUGGUGGAUCCAUACAUAGCAUAAACGCAAUAAAUGCAAAUGCAUUAAUACAAAUAUCUAAACAAGAAUCUUAUACUGUAUGCGAACAUGCUCCAGUAUUACAUCAAACAAAAUAUGCAUUUGAUAGUAUAGAAUAUACGUUUAAUAUUGACAGACUAAUUUUAAUCGAUCGUCGUGCAUUUUCUAUAGAAUUACAUAAAGCGUUAAUCAAAUCUAUAUGUCAAUAUAUAAAUGUUAUAAUAAUGUUGUGGAAAUCUAAUCCUUCUAUCUGCGAGAAUUAUGAAAUCCCAUUGGAAUGGUUUAAUUUUAAACCACGAAAGCUUGGACAUGUAUUAACAGUGCCUUAUAUAAAUGGAUGGAAUGACGAUAAAAUGAUUCCAUGCAUAAAACAAUUGCACACAACAUUAGCAUUAGAUUUAACAAGACCUUACUUCCGGCGUACAAACAGUAUACAGUUUUCUAACGAUUUACAAAACAAUCAUUUGAUUAUAAAUCCUCACGAGUCAGUUCCAAGCAUUAAGGAUGGUAAAACAAGUAUUGUAUAUGGAUUAUAUUCGUACCAUCAUUAUAUGCAAAAUGAUUUUGAUGAUAAUGGGUGGGGAUGUGCUUAUAGAUCUCUUCAAACUAUUAUAUCUUGGUAUAGAUUACAAGGAUAUACCAAUAUUCCAAUACCGUCUCAUAAGGAAAUACAAAAGUGUCUAGUUGAUAUAGGUGACAAAUCAUCUAACUUCAUUGAUAGUAAAGAAUGGAUUGGCUCAACCGAAGUAGGUUUCGUUUUAGAAACUCUUCUUAAAGUUAAUAUCAGUAUAUUAUGUGCUACAAACGGAGAGGAAAUAUCGAAUUUUGCUUCAGCUAUUGCGCAUCAUUUCGAUACACAAGGAACACCAAUUAUGAUUGGCGGUGGAGUAUUAGCUCACACAAUUUUAGGAAUUAAUUAUAAUGAAUCUACCGGAGAAGUUAAAUUUUUAAUUUUAGAUCCACAUUAUACCGGUCCUGACAAGUUAAGCACUAUAAUAAACAAAGGAUGGUGUGGAUGGAAAAGUAAAGAUUUUUGGAGAAGAGAUUCGUUCUAUAACAUGUGCCUUCCACAAAGACCUAUAUGUAUAUAAUUUAAAAAUAAUCUAAUAUAUUAAAUAAAAUAUAUAUAAAUAUAUCAA